AUGGCGUCCAUCUGCAUGCGAUUCGGCAGUGCGCAAACCCUUCUCCGCACCGCCAGAAACAACACUGCCAUCCGCCCGAGACUCCCUAGCAAUGCCCCUUGCCGUUAUGUUUCGACCGGCCCCGGCCCUUCGACCGAAUCCCAGCCAGGCUCGAGUCUGAAGGCUGGACUCUACGGAAUUGCCCUCGCCGGCUCUCUCUACCUCUCCUACCUCUACGUCACCGACACCCGAGCCUCGAUCCACCGCCUCUCGCCCAUGGUGAUGCGCUUCGUCUGGAGCGACGCCGAGGACGCCCACCAUGCUGGCACGAGCAUGAUGAAGACACUCUACGACCUGGGAUUACACAUUCGCGAACGCGAUAGGACCCUAGCCGAACACCCGGCCCUCGCCACCGAGGUCUACGGCAUGCAACUCUCGAACCCCAUUGGAAUCAGUGCCGGCCUCGACAAGCAUGCCGACAUCCCCGAUGCCCUCUUUGCCCUCGGCGCCGGCAUCGUCGAGGUCGGCGGCUGUACCCCCCGCCCGCAGGACGGCAACCCCCGUCCGCGCGUCUUCCGCGUUCCGACCCUCGACGGCAUGAUCAACCGGUACGGUCUUAACUCGCGGGGCGCCGACAGUAUGGCAAUUACACUUAGGGAACGCGUGCGCAAGUUCGCCCGCGAGGUCGGCGCCACGGAGCAGGAGGUCCUCGACGGCGAGGCUGGUGUUCCUGCGGGCAGUCUGCUGCCUGGCCGCCUGCUGGCUGUGCAGAUCGCCAAGAACAAGGAGACGGACCAGAAGGACGUCAACGCCGUGGCCAAGGACUACGUCUACUGCGUGCAGCGCCUGGCGAGAUACGCCGAUAUCCUGGUCGUCAAUGUCAGCAGCCCCAACACCCCUGGUCUCCGCGACUUGCAGGCUACCGAGCCCCUUACGAGGUUGCUGAGCGCCGUGGUUGACGAAGCCGCCAAGGUCGACCGCAAGGUUCGCCCCAAGGUCAUGGUCAAGGUGUCCCCUGAUGAAGAGGAAGACGCCCAGGUCGAAGGAAUUGUCCAAGCCGUUUGCAACAGCGGCGUUGAUGGCGUCAUUGUCGGCAACACCACUAACCGCCGCAUCGGCAUCGUUCCCCCGGGCGUUAAGCUUACGGCACAAGAGCACAAGGCCCUGCAGGAGACGGGCGGGUACUCGGGCCCUGCUAUGUAUAACAGGACUCUCGAGCUGGUCAAGAGGUAUCGGAAGAAGCUCGACGCCAAGGCCCUGCGGACUGGCUCGGCCGAAGAGGCGGCUGCCAUCCCAUCCACUGACGGCAGCCUGUCUGGCAAGACCCACGACCUGAUUGAGGGUAAGGACACCCAGAGAAAGGUUAUUUUCGCGACGGGAGGCAUCACGAAUGGAGAACAGGCGUUGAACAUCUUGAAUGCUGGUGCAAGCGUGGCCAUGGUGUAUACAGGCUUGACGUACGGCGGACCGGGAACAAUUACCAGGAUAAAGAAGGAAAUCAAGGAUCAGGCGUAA